AUGUCGGACAAACGAAACAUUCAAGACCAGAAACGCAGAUUGCUCGGUGAGAAGUACGAAUUGAGGAGAAAGCUCUACAAAGCGUUCUCUAAAGAUACUGAUCUUCCUAAUGAUGUGCGGGAGAAACAUCGUUGUAAGUUGGCUGAUUUGCCGAGAAAUAGUUCAUUUACUCGAGUAACAAAUCGCGUCUUGGUAGUAUCAUCAAGUCAAUUCGAGAAUAAGAUAUGAUCAAUCUUGUGGUUAGAGAUGAAUUUGAAGAGCAAGUGUUUAUGUAAAGAUUUCAAGACAAUGUUGAGUCGAUGGAAAUAAAGUGGAAACAAUAACCAUGUCUUGAUGUUGAAACUAGAUGAAAUUUCAUUUUUUUUUAAUGUUGGUUAUAGCUAUAAAUAUGAAAAUGUGUUUCAUAUGUAUGCUUAUUUCAUAUAUUUGUGGGGACUUUUAAGACGAUUUUGAAGGGUGCAUAUGGAAACAAGAAAAGUAGAGUAAUUGGUGUUUCGACUUAAGCGGAUUGAGAGGAAGCCAAGUAUUUUAUACUUUAUAAAUUUAUGCAUAUACUUCGUUUGUCUUUUACAUACUAUGUUAUGUUUUAGUUUGUCUUUAAAAUAAGAUUUUUAUCAAGUGUUUGUAAUAUUUUUCUAAUGUUACAACCAAGAUUUAUUGUUUCAAGUAUGUAAACAUCGAAUAUUUUUUUUCCUGAGCUUGUGACAAUGCAACCAUCGAACGAAUGUGCUCUAGUCUCAAUGAAAGAAAAAGUUCUAGAACAAAAACUAUGACAAAUAUUGGGACAAUAUAGAAAACAUGAAUUUCCUGUUGUUUGUUGUUGCUUUGAAUCAACACAACAAGAUUUCCCCACCUCAUGUUCUGUAUACAAAUGAUUUAUGGCAAGGACAGUAGGACACCGAGAAAACAAUAGAGUUUUAGAAGAUUUGUUCAACCACUACAAGGAAAAAGCGUAGAAAAAAAACGUGCAAGACAAACGAUUGUUACUUUUCUAAGCAUUAUGGUUUUUCUUAUUUCGUUAGACAUUCAUGGUUAUGUUGUGGUUUGUACUUUGAUGACUG